AUGGCUACUGGCUACAUCCACGGCGGUGCCUGGAGGGAUCCAACAGUUACAUCAGCUUCCUUCAAUGCCACGGAAUCUAUACUUCGCGAGAAAGGCCUACCUAUUGCCGGCUUCGCCUCGAUCUCAUACCGUCUCAGCGCACACCCAAACCACCCGCAAGACCCAACAAAUACCGACCCGAAGGACUUCCAAGAUGCGAAACACCCUGAUCACAUCACCGACGUGGAGGCAGCGCUCGCGUACCUCCAGAAUACAUACGAGUUCGGUGCGCGAUACAUACUGGUUGGUCACAGUUGCGGCGCAACGCUCGCCUUCCAAGCUGUGAUGGGCGCGGUCUCAGGUCAUCGUGAAGAGGCCUUCGCUGGUCCCCGGCCAUCUACAUUGACAGCGCAGCCCACUGCUAUUGUCGGUGUGGCGGGUAUCUACGAUCUGCGACGGCUGCGGGAUACGCAUGCUAGCAUCUCGGCUUACCAGGAGUUUAUUGAAGGAGCUUUUGGGGCGAAUGAGACGCUUUGGGAUGGAGUAUCGCCGGCCCAGGUGACUGGCUCUCGUGGAGUCGAAGGCGGGUGGAAGCCUGGAAGAUUGGCGGUCCUGGCGUAUUCCAAGGACGAUGGAUUGGUGGAUGCGUCUCAGAUAGAGGUUAUGAAGGAAGCUUUGGGAAACUGGGAGAAGGCAGAGGCACAGAUACCCGUGCAAGAGGGUUCAAACCGUGCUAGACGGCUCCGCGUCUUGUCGAUCAGCGGUGUUCAUGAUGAGGCAUGGGAGAAGGGCGAACAAUUGGCUCGUGCGGUAACCUUCGCAUUCGAGCAAUUGCAGGAAAUGGGGCUGGCGCCAUAG